GCGGCCCUCGCGGCGCCGUUCGCGACCUCCGGCCACUGCCAGGAGGAUUCUGAGCGCUGCUCCUGCGACUGGGAGCUGCGCAAGAUCAUCGACCUCCAGCAGGAGGUCGGCCUCCUCCAGUCGGAGGUGUGGGCGCUGCGGUGCCUGUUGCUGGCCGGGCUUCUGCUGCUCGGCGCCGUGGCCUCUGGUGCUGGCACGCUGGGUUUCCUGGUGGGGGGCCCUCGACGCCGAGCCGCCGGCAGCUGUAGCCCGAUGGCGGACGUGCUGACGCUAGACAUCGGCGACCCGCAGAUCCUGGUCCACUACCCAGAUGACGAGAACGGCUUCCUCUGGCACCACAGAGUGCUGCUCUUCAGGGUGUCGGACGACAUCUGGAUCAGCUUGACCCCUGACCUCGCGCUGGUGCGCCUGAAGCUGCUGGACAUCCGGCACGAGGUGCUGGAGAGGCGAGCCCCGUUCCCUGCCCACCUGGUCCACCAGGUCUAUGCCCACGACCCCAUCGCCGCCGCCGCCCUGGCGGGCUUCCGCCGCCGUGCGAAGAUCCAGGGGCAGCUGCUGGGCGUGGGCCAGGUCGACGUGGUCGAGAGGAUGAUCUGGGUGGUGGCCGAGCCCCGGUCGGCGAAGUUCGGUGAGGUGAUCGACUCGGCCAUCAUCUUGCCAAAUCUAAUUGAGGGCAUCUUGGAGGCCUGGGGCCACUUCAUGCUCGAGCAGAGUAUUCUCUCCUAG